AUGAUACCUAUAGCGCCCGCUCCCAUACAGUCACAAGAAUCCUCAUCGGAACAACAACCGUUAAGCAGAUCAACCGAGAUCCUAAGAACAAAAAGAAGGAGAGCCAAACGAAGUUGUGAUCUAUGCCGACAGAAAAAGACUCGUUGUGACUCUAGCGUCAAUUACCCUUGUUCAAACUGCAAGAAAAACAACAGUGAAUGCCGAUUCUUGAAAGAGCAGAAAAAGAGAGGGCCUGCACCAAGGAGUUAUGUAGCAGUAUUAGAAGAUAGAGUACAACGCAUGGAAAAACUACUAGAAAAAGUAUCCAAUAACAAACAGAGCAGCACUCCCGAUGAUACUAUUUAUCAACAACAGCAGCAAUUACUUGCACUACCAUUAACUGAAAAUAAAGGUAGCGCCAGCGAUUCAAGUUUUCUAAUUUCAGCUAGCUUAAGUGAGCCUUCACCAAAAGAUGACAUUUCGGAGGACGGUUAUAGACAAUUUGAUAAGUAUAAUAAUCAAGCAUCUGAUGUUCCUUACAGUACAGCAUUAGAUAGUGAUGAAAAUGAUAAUUCGCCAGAUAUGUCUUCACCUAAUCUUCUCGAAGAACCAGAGGAAGAAUGUGAGAAAAAUAGCACUAAUACCAUUGAUGGUGCUUAUGCCAAUAUGGAACAACAGUUGAAGAAGUUAACAAUUAAUGAUUAUCAACGGACCCGAUAUAUCGGCUCUAGUUCAGGCGUACAUUUACUGGAUGAUCAGUAUCUGAUAUCGAAUAGAAAGCAUCGAUCACAACAAGACACGUCUUGGUUUGUUCAAAAGUUGAACAAAGAUAAAGAAGAGCACAUUAUUAUGAAAACACAAGAGGUUGGUGCUAUUGUGUCGAAAGGAAAAUUAAAGGAUAGAAGUCAAAUAUCGUAUCUGAAAGAUAUACCAUAUAUAACGCAAGAGUUUUUGGACUGUACAGUUUACAUGUUCUUCACUUACAAUCAAUUAUAUUGUCCCUUUAUCAACAAAGUCCAAUUUCUGGAACAAUAUUAUUUCCAUAACCCUUCACCACCCGACAAAUAUCUUUUUUAUGCCAUACUUCACGUCAGUGUCUCUGCGUUUCGUGACAGUUUUGAAAGGUCUAAUGUUGUAAAUCUCACACCAGAUCAAUGGACAGAACUUCAGCAUGCCAUAAAAGAAAAAGCCCUUAACUUGCUUGGUAUUGUACAUAAGCGAUCGAUGAUCAGUACUGUUCAGGCACUCAUGAUACUUGGAAUGUUUGCGAGCUACAAUUGCAAGGAUGAUGAACAAACGAGCCACUGGUUUUUGACCGGUAUGGCAAUUCGCACUGCUCAAGAUUUAGGUUUACAUCGAGAUUGUAGCAAGUGGUGUAUACCGGAAUAUGAAAAAGAGCUUAGAAGACGUAUUUGGUACGCUGCUUACAUGAUGGAUCGAUGGGUAUCAGCUGAACUAGGGCGGCCACUUUCUAUCUUAGAUCACGAGUUUGACGUUCAACUACCGUCUCCCUAUGAACUAGAUUAUCAGCCGAUUGCAGAUUUUCCUGAAGACUCGACACCAUCCUUAAUCUUGGAAACACAAGCGGCUUUGAAAGAAAGACGGCCUAUUUACAUUGCAUUUACCAAUUUGUUGACUCUGACGCAGAUUUUUGGAGAAGUGCUUCAUACUUUCUAUUUAACUGAUAAAGCCAAGGAGGAUCGAUAUAAUGACGUUGAAUUGUUGAAUCUUUAUGACGAAAGAUUGGCCCAGUGGAAGUCGGCACUGCCAGUUGAGUUGCAAUUUGAUGUUAAUCGGCUCCAUGAAAGUAAACAGCUUAAUCCUGCACAAAUAUCAGCCAGUAUCGUGAAUAUGAUAUAUGGCUCUAUACUAUUAUUACUCUUUAGACCGUAUAUUAAAAGACAAAAUGAGAGUUCAUCUCUUAAUCCAGAGUUGGCUUUUAGAUCAUUAAGUAUUUGUACAGCAGCAGCAGUCAAUAUUUUGAGUAUAGCAGAAUCAGUAGAGGUCGAGUGCUUGGUAGUUUUACCAUGGAAAAUGUCCAUUUACGCGUUAUUUCAAGCAGCGGUUAUAUUCUUACAUAACACUAAAGGCGAGAACGAUGUUAUUAAAGAACAAGGUAGAGAAUAUUUAACUAGAUGCUCUAAAGUAUACCUUGGACAUCCUUAUCUCUCUCAAGCUAUGACUCUCAAAGUACUUCAACUUUUAAUUGAGAAUUUUGAUGUCUCCAUGAAGGAUAUACCCAUAUCAGAAAAUACCAGAACCGAAAAAGGCGAAUUGCUCUCAAAAUUAUUGCCAAAAGGAAAUCACCCUUCUCAACAACAAAAGACAUGCUACAUUGACAGCCUUGUCCCACAUAUAACCACAGCCCCAUCAAAAGCACAGGAGAAUACGAAACUAUUUCAUGAGAAAGAAGCAUUGCCACAAAGUAACUACACUAUUUCUAACGUUGAUUCCUCAUCAAUGUUUGCAAAAUCCAAUGGAACUUCAUCAACAGCUGUGGAAAAUACAAUAGGAGACAUGUCUGGCCAUAUUUUCCCAACGACUACAAAUAGUGGUGAUGGCUUUAUGGAUUUCAGUCUAGAUCAACAAACUAUCAAGCAAAAUUAUAUUACUACCACCCUGUACAAUAACAGCAACGCCGACUAUUUAAUUGAGAAAAAUAUAGAUAAUGAGUCUCACUUAUGGUUGAACGGGCAACAAUAUAGUAACGAUAAUAACGACCUUCCGAAUAGUUGUACUCCUAAGACAGCGGCAGAUUACCAACGGCAACCGACGCCUGUCUCAACGUUUUAUCCAUCGACAUCAACUUACACAACAACUUACAAUUUGAAUACUCCUUUUACGCAUACUGAAAAUUCAAAUAUACAUCAACAUCCUCGAAAUCCAUUUGAUCUGAACUAUCUCACUUCGUCACAUCAAGCACAGGCACAAACACAAGGACAGACGAUCCAUUUCGAUUCGACUUGUCUAACGUCUGAAGUCCCUUUGUGGGAUUUACCAAGUGGCGGCACAUGGAACGAUUGGGAAGCAUUUAUAAGAAACAAUCAAUCGCAGGAACCUCCAGCGCCACCAGGAUAG